AUGAAUCUUCUCUUCCCCAAAGCCUACCACACUCCCGCUGGUUUGCAAGACGAUCCUGCUCCCUGGGCUACCGCACUGAAGGACCAAAUCAAAAACAAAUACAAGAACCGUUCGAGCGUCUCUUCAUCCAGCACAAAAACCAUGUCCGACGUCGCCUCUACACAUUCCACCGUUUCCACCGCAACGACUCUGAAGGGGUCUGCUCUGGACGCCAAGAAGAAGAAAUGGUACUCGCUCAACUCCAAGUCUAGCGAGACACUCAAUUCUGAGACCAAGUUUGUCAAGGAUUCCGACAAGGAGGCUUCUCAAAAGGCUAUUCACAAUGAAGCUCUUGCUAGCUACUUCAGCACCCGCUAG